AUGGAGCUGCAAGGCCGCUUAGUGGACUCCACCUUAAUAAAUUUUGUCAAUGACAUGAACCUAAUAGAGUUUCCACAAAAGUACACUCUGGGACCGAAACAGCAGGUGGAUAAUACCCCACCCAGUCCGAACAACCAGACGCGGAUAAACGACUCAUCCUGGAGCAGGGGGCUGGAUAACGGCGUGAACACUGCCGAGCUGAGGGCCGAGCAUCUGGUGAUGGGUCCACCGAGGUACUACACCCGCGGGGUCCACGGCCACACCAAGUCCAAACGGAGGAGGAUCAUCACCGUGGUCCAGCGACAGGCGGCCAACGUGCGAGAAAGAAAGCGGAUGUUUAGCCUGAAUGAGGCGUUUGAUGAACUGAGGAGGAAAGUUCCUACAUUCGCCUACGAGAAGAGGCUGUCCCGUAUCGAGACACUGCGCCUAGCCAUCGUUUAUAUCUCCUUCAUGACCGAACUGCUGGAAAACACCUGA